UCUGCCACCGAGCCCGGUGUCGCCGAGCUCCUGCGAGGCGGCCUGGGCACUUGUUUGUGGGGGGGCGGGGUAUUCUGUUCUCCCCUGCAUCUCCUCAGAGGCCUCUCAACAGGUGUCAGGUCCACGGAGACAGUGACCAUGUCGUCGAAUGAGCCUCCCCCUCCCUAUCCUGGGGGCCCCACAGCCCCCCUUCUGGAGGAAAAAAGCGGAGCCCCAUCCACCCCAGGCCGCUCCUCCCCAGCCGUGAUGCAGCCCCCCCCGGGCAUGUCUCUGCCUCCUGCAGACAUCGGCCCCCCGCCCUACGAGCCGCCGGGUCACCCAGUGCCCCAGCCUGGCUUCAUCCCCCCACAUGUGAAUGCAGAUGGCACCUACGUGCCUCCAGGUUUCUACCCUCCCCCAGGCCCCCACCCGCCCAUGGGCUACUACCCGCCGGGGCCCUACCCGCCGGGGCCCUACCCAGGCCCUGGGGGCCACACGGCCACAGUCCUGGUCCCUUCAGGGGCUGCCACCACAGUGACAGUGCUGCAGGGAGAGAUCUUCGAGGGUGCCCCCGUGCAGACCGUGUGCCCCCACUGCCAGCAGGCCAUCACCACCAAAAUCUCCUAUGAGAUCGGCCUGAUGAACUUCGUGCUGGGCUUCUUCUGCUGCUUCAUGGGGUGUGACCUGGGCUGCUGCUUGAUCCCCUGCCUCAUCAACGACUUCAAGGACGUGACGCACACGUGCCCCAGCUGCAAAGCCUACAUCUACACGUACAAGCGCCUGUGCUGACGGAGCUGGGACGGACUCCCGCUGUCCACCCGCCCCCCGUGCUUUGCUCCCCGCACUCAGUGGCGCCUCCCCACUCCCACUUGGGGGCGGAAGCUGUCCCACCAGCCCCCUGGACGUCUUGUCCUCUUCAACUCGCCCUACCCUGAGCAUCUGACUCUUUCGGCAAAAGAUUCUGUUGGAUGGAAGGCCAGGGGCGCGCAGGUGGCGGGACGGCGCCGAGCGCGUGUGGCUGCUGCGGGUGGCGUGGCCAGGAGGACAAGCUGGGAAGGGGCGCCUCGCACGGUGGCCUUCGUUUCCAUACCAGGGGCAGGUUCGGUCCUGACUCCCUGGACCAAAAGCAGAUGGAGCAGUAGUGGGUUCCCUAGGCCUGGGGCCUGUAGCCAGUCGUUUCUGAUCUGCUGGACCGAGGGCGGGGAAUGGACCCAAGCAGGACAGGGCCACGCGGCCUAGGUGUGUUUGCAGGGCACUAGUGGUGGGUCAGAAGGCAUGGCUUUGGCCCUCGGAACUCUCAGGAACUCCACACCUUAUGCCCAGGAGCCACCUGAGAUAAGGUAGAGAGGGCAGCAUACCCACAGGUCACUGGGUAAGGGAUCGGGCGGCGCUUGCCACAAAGGAACUUGCCUCUCCCCCCGCCAGCGCCUGUUCCGGCCCACACCUCUGUGCACCCGUCCUCGCUGGGGCUGGAACUAAUGCCCAGGAGCCUUGCCCUCUGCCACACUAGGUUCCUGCUGCCCGGUGGCUGGUGCGUCCCAGCUGGGGCAGGCCGCAGGGAAGGCCGGCUCCCGGUGCCGUGGGCUCGCCUUGGUCCCCUCGCGCUCAGCAGCAGGAGCAGCUGUGGCCAGGGGACCGGAAGACGUAGCCCCGAGCCAUGGCAGCCCCCUGGGGGACACCAGCCCUGCCCGGGCCUGAGCCCACUGUCUCCUGAGGGUCUGUCUUGUGAACCUGCCCCCGUGGCCCGCUGAACCCUGCUGCUGCCCCCUCCUGGUCUCGCACUGCCACUGCAUGGCCUCCCUUCACUGUGAAUCGUGGCUGGUCUCCGUUUGUAGUUUCUCAUUAAAUUGGCCCUUUCACCCCCCUGCCUGGGCCUCCACUCACUUGCCUGGCUUCCUUCUUUUGGGGUACAUCUUUAGGGUCUCGGUGCUCACGCAGUCCAGACUGCCCAGGGCCAUGCUGACCUUUGAGAACCCAGUGAGAGCAAGUCAGCCCAGUGUGGACAACCCCAGCCGUGACCUGGGCACGGGCAGUCGGCUCCACAGUGCUGGGGAGUGUCCUCGAGCGCCCCCCCCACGCCAGAGCGGCCGCCCGCGGGAUCUUCAAGCUGAAGCGCCCAGCGGGAGCCCAGGAUCAGCCAGCCUGCAGGUGGGCACCCUUGCUCCCCUGAGAGAGGCAGAGCCACCCUCGCUCCCAAGGCUUCCGGUCUGAAGGUGACCGGGAAGGGGAACAGCAGCCUAGGCUCGCAGGUUCUGGGCCGGCUCGGCCCCCACCCCGGCAGCUGCUCCACCGGGCAGAUCCCAGGAUCCGGGACAGCUAACAGAGCCCUAUUAAUAAAAACAACUUGGGUUCACAUUUCUCUCUCAGACUUUGCAGUGUUACGCGAGCAUGUGCUUUUUAUCCUUACUGGGGGCAAAGCGGGAAAGCGCCAAAGCCCUUCCGAGAGUCAGGAAGCCACAGGGCGGAUGAGCUGGGAGGGCAGGGCUGCGGCAAGGAGACCGC